AUGUUUUCCUCAUUCACGCGAGGCUCGUCUUCCGCCGUGGGUGGAGACUCGUCCCUCGAUUUGUCUCCGUCGGGGCUGUGCGCAGAGGAAGUCGACGUGGACGAGGUUCUCUGCGCUGUGGAGUUUGGAAGGAGUGAGGGCGGAGCAACGCGCGGCGUUGGGGCUGGGGUGAGCGUCGUCGGGGUCUGCGUGUUCGAUCGGCAGUCCUUCAAAAUCCAAGUCUGCGAGUUCUCGACUACCAACGACUUGGCCGUUCUUGAGGGGCUCCUGCUGCAGGUUCGGCCGUCGUGUGUGAUUUCGACGGAGGCAGGCGGUUCCUCUGAGGCGGGAGACGGAUGGCGGAAAAAGUUGGAAGAUCUUGUCGCCAGCUGCGACGCCGACUUUGUUCGCGUGAAAAGAAACACUGCAGACACGGCCAGCUUGCACGAGGACCUGGCGACUCUGUUGAUCGAAGAUGACUCCAUAAAAAACCACAUCUCCAGGGAACUGCAAUUGAAAACAGCCUGCGGUGCAUGCGCGGCUCUGCUCUCUCACGCUCGACUGCUCAGCGACGACAUGUACAUUAGGCAGUGCACUUUGGAGAUGUAUCCGUUGGACAGUUAUCUUCGGAUCGACAACGCAGCGGCUGCGGCUCUUUACCUUUUUCCUUCUGCGCAACAAAAAGCUCAGCAACUGACCCUACUUCCCGUCUCGGCAAAGGCGGGCGGCUCAGGGGCAUCGAGAGCCUCGUCUCUCGCGUGCGCGUUAUCCGCUGGGGGGGGUAUUUCGAGCGUCUUUGCGCUGAUGAGCCGCUGGUGCACCUCCCAGCUGGGGAGUCGCCGCCUCUUCACCUGCAUGAGUCAGCCGCUUGUGGACAGGGAGAAGAUCGAACGACGCUACGACAUCGUUGAACUUUUCCAGACAGACGAGGCGUUUCGGCGUCAAGUGUUUUGCAGCCAUUUCAAGCACGUGUUCGACUUGGAUCGACUCGCAGGCCGCUUUCACCGCCUCGCCUCCUCGACGAAGGAUCUCGACGCCAACGAGGCGCCUCGAAAGAAGGGUAGCAUUUUCGCGCGCGUCAAACUGACUUUAGAAGACCUCGUGAAGUUGUACGACUGCGCGGUCGAGUGCACGUCUCUCGAGGCUGCCUUGCGCGGCUACAGCGGCGUGCACCGCGACGCCCUGGCGAAGGCCUUCUCGGAGCCUUUGGCGGAGAUUGUGAAGAGUUUCGCGACUUUCAUCAAUCUCGUCGAAUUCACCAUCGACAUGGACGAGGCGAAGCGCGGCGUGUUCGUUAUCAGUCGACGCUUCGAGCCCGAGCUGGCCGCUCUCCUCGACAAGAAGGAGGAUCUGCGAAGGCGAAUGGAGAGAGAGAGGCAAAAGGCUGAAGACGAGAUUCCCUUCAGCGGUCGCAAGCGCGACGCUGAAAUCGUCAAACUGAUUGAAGACAACACCAUGGGUUUUGUUCUGCGCGUCACAAAGAAGGACCAACCCGCCGUCCUCGGUGCUCGUGGGCGCUAUCACCAGGUGCGUUUGAACAAGAGCGAAUUCAUCUUCACGACUGCAGAGCUUCGGGGGUUGUGUCGCGAGUUCAAGGACGUUUCCGAGGCCUACGAAGAAAUGCAGAAGUCGCUCGUCGAGAAGGCUCUCCUGGUGGCUGCUUCGUACUGGCCAUUGGUCGAGCGCCUCGCGGAACUUCUCGGAAUGCUCGACGUUUUGGGUGCCUUCGCGGCGGCCGCCAACGCUGCCCCGAUUCCCUACGUUCGACCCAAAAUCGUCGAGGACGAGUCUGGCCUCGUGCUGAAGGCCUCGCGGCAUCCACUCCUCGAAAUUCAACCGGGAAGUUCGUCCUUCAUCUCCAACGAUGUUCACCUGGACCCGACCCAGCGGCUGAUCAUCAUCACGGGGCCUAACAUGGGAGGCAAAUCGACGUACAUUCGCCAAGUAGCGCUCGCCGUCUUGCUGGCACAAAUGGGCUCUUUCGUCCCAUGCGACAGUUGCCAACUUCCCAUCUUCAAGCAAGUGAUUUGCCGAGUUGGAGCUUCGGACAUCCAACUGCGCGGGGUCUCCACCUUCUUGGCCGAGAUGGUUGAGGCGUCUGCGAUUCUGAGAAACGCUGAUACAAAAAGCCUCGUUGUCAUCGACGAACUCGGUCGCGGAACGUCGACCUACGAGGGUUUCGGACUGGCGUGGGCGAUUGCGAAGCACCUGGCGUCGGAGGUGAAGUGUCUGUGUCUGUUUGCAACUCAUUUCCACGAGAUGGGCCAGCUGAGUGAGGAAGUGCACGGCGUGUCGAACGUCCACGUCUCGGCUGCAGUGAACAAAGAGACCCAGCAACUCGCCUUUCUCUAUCGCCUGGAGCCGGGGUGUAUCGAUCAAUCGUACGGCGUGCAUGUCGCGAGCUUCGCUGGCCUGCCUGCCUCCGUCGUCGAGCGCGCGCGGAAGAAAUCUGCCGAGCUCGAAGCUGUCGAGCGAAGCGAGAAGGAACGAAGGGACAGCAACGCUGCGCGAAACAAGCGAACGCGAGGCGAGGAAGACAACGAAGGGGGGGAUAUCGGCGCAGAAGGAGAAGAAAGAGCCGGGGAGAGGGAAGACGAGGGAGGGCGGAGAGAGAGGAAGAACGCGUUUCGAAGGUUGACGCGCACGUUAAAGGAGUUGUUUGACAGCGGCGACUCCGGUCAGUUCGUGGAAAAAGUCGCAGAAUCUCGAGACAAGAUUCACGAGUUGAAAGAAGCUGCAGCUCCUCAAACGUGGAAAGAGCUCGACCGCGCACCUGUCGCCGUCGCGUAG